AUGCCAAUCGGACCUCGAAUGGUGGAUCCAGUAGCCCAGCCACCGCCAGAAACCACUACAGUACCCCCAAAUUUGUGCUGUGGCUUUCUAAGAUUCCUGUUCUGUGGCGAAAACUCUGCUAAAGUGCAACCAAUUGAGGAGGCAUCCGAGAGAUCUCAGGAAUCUCAAAACGAGGAUUCAAAUCCCCCAGAAGCUCCAGAGGCGGCUCCAGAAUCCACAGGAGUGCUCCCAAAACUAUUCACAGCGAUCAAGGAGAAAGUAAUUGGUACAAGUCAUCCGGCGCAUUCCGAAAAGACGCAUCCAACACGAAUCAUUCCGAUCAAUGAAACAACACCAGAGCCACGUCACGAGUUUGAUGAUUGGCAUUUAGGAGAAGCUAGGGCUCCAGAAAUUCAAAUUACCGCCGAGAAUGCGAAAGAGCAUCAGGAGAAAUUGCUCAAGAUUCUUCAUGGAUAUGAUUGCAGGCAGAAGUAUAUGGCUCGCCUCCAACUCAUCCUUCAGGGACACUUAAUUUGUGAGCCAUGCUGCUCUAGAAGCCACUGUCCGGAUAUGCAGAAAUCGCUGAUCCAACUGAUACGUUGCCGGGCAUAUUGUGAAGACGCCGAGCACUUCAACAUGUUGACUCUCAUCAAGCACUGGCGAGAAUGCACCAAUGGGGAUUGUCUAGUCUGUGGACCAUGCAAGAAUCGGCAAGGGGAACCAGCUCCAACUUCUGCUGAUGCUCCAGAAGACCCAAGCACUCCACCUCUUGUCGAACCCCUAUUCGUGGAUUUCAAUGGAAACCCAUUUUUGCCGAUGCCAGAUAUUCAUCCACUCCCGCAUUGGCGGAAUUUCGUGCCCGACCGGCUCCGUGAGCAUCUUCAGAGCUCAAUCCACGUGGCGGUCAAGGAGAAGGCGAUGAUGAUCGAGGAGAAUGCGUUUUUGGCAUCUGCGACACGAGGAGAAUAUUAUGCGAGAUUGGCGUUAGAGAUUUAUGAAUACAACCUCCCAGAAUCUGAAAAGUUCCACGCUGCCCCGGAUUCCUGGCAAUCUCAGACUCCGCUGGCCACUCGGCAUCAACAAAUCAUGAAACUAUUCAUCGUAAUCAAUCAGGACCCAUUCCCUACGGAACCUGGAGCUCAUUGGAUCAAUAUGCCCUUGGACACUGCCAUUAAAUAUGAGAAAUUCUGGUUCGAGAAGUCGUCGAGCCAAAAAGUGUAUUUCAAGGAAAUGAGAAAUCGUGCCGGCCACCAUCACUCCCAGAAUCGUGUGAUGCCUUUGUUUUUGUGA